AUGGGUGGCAUGAACGGACGGAGUGAGGUGGUUGAGAACAGGCUGAAUGACACAGCUCAAAGGGCUGUGCUCUGUGGCGCAGAGUCUAGUUGGAAGCCUGUAGCUAGCGGUGUCCCCCUGGGGCUGAGCGUGCCCGAAAGUACCCCUUUCACGGCGGUCUUGAAGUUUGCCGCGGAAGAGUUCAAAGUUCCUGCAGCAACAAGUGCCAUUAUAACAAAUGAUGGAAUAGGAAUAAAUCCUGCACAGACAGCAGGAAAUGUGUUUCUAAAGCAUGGUUCAGAUCUACGGAUUAUUCCUAGAGAUCGAGUUGGGAGUUCUUAACAAAUACCAAAAGCCUUGGAACAGGUGACGUUACCAUGCAGCCAAGUUGUAUU